AUGAAGGCCCAGCUUCUCCUCCCUCUCUCCCUCUCUCCAGUCGUCUUUGCCGCUGGCCCCUCCGACGCGUCGAAGUAUGCGGCGUAUGCCAAGCUUAUCAAAGGUUCAAUCCGUACAGAAGUUCUACGGCAGCCUAUCACUGGGAUAUGCAAACCCGGUAAAGUGAGAUCUGUCUGUGCCAUUCCAUGGUCCCAGGUCCAGGAAUCCGAUCACAAGGGGGGGGAGCAGGUGCCUAUCCCGUGCAAGGACGAGGGUCAGAAAUGCGUCAAGGGCAGCGCUUGCACCGUGACGUUCACGGUCACAAGUGGUAAGGAGCUCGCCCAAACCAGAGCCGACUGCCCAGCUACAGCUGCAGGCGAUACAGGCCAUGGCAACGAUGCAGGCCAGGGCAACAAUGCAGGCCAGGGCACCAAUGCAGGCCAUGGCAACAAUGCAGGCCAUGGCACUAAUACAGGCCAUGGCCAGUCUCACGCCUAA